GGGCAAAAGCACGAACGCGGGGAGGGAGGAGAAGGCAACAUGAUGCAUCGCUUUUUGCAUAAUAUAUGAUUGUUAUUGAUGAAGAUCAGAUCCAAUUUUAUGACCAAUUUAUGCAGAAAUCCAGUUAGAAUGGAGCAGGCCUUUCUUUUGGUUUUACAAGUAGUCUUAUGGCCCACUCUUGCAGCCUUGUUCACAGUGGAGGUGGACAGUCCAUUCCACGUGGCAGAGUUCCGCGGUGUAGUCACCAUGGGUUGCAGGUUCCAACCUGGGGGCCAGGGCCCAGACUUGUCAGUGAUAUGGCAUCGCAUCUGGCCUCCUCCAGUUGUGGAGGUGUACAGGCUGGAGAACAGACAGGAAGACCUCACUUCCCAGAAUCCCCAGUACCGUGGCAGGGUACGAUUGGUGACAGAAGAGAUUACCAAUGGGUGGGCCAAGCUAGAGUUGUCCAUGCUGAGGAUCAAUGACUCUGGGACCUACCAAUGCCUCGUGGAAAUGGCGGGAGCUGAUUACAAACAGACAACUUUGACUGUUAAAGCCUCCUAUAAAACUAUUGUUAAAAGCAUGAAGAGGCGUCGGGGAGAUGAGAUAGAGCUGGUCUGUGAGUCUGAGGGCUAUCCUCUGGCCACGAUGACCUGGAAAGACAGGAGUCUCGGGAACAUAAAGUCCAAUGACACCACUGUUAGAACUCCAGACCAGCUGUUCCAAGUCACCAGCACGAUAACAGUGAAAUCCUCUGACAAAAACAACUACACCUGUGCCUUGGUGGAGGAAGGGGAAGUUCCAAAGGGUCCGUCAGCCAGCUUUGACAUCCCAGAUGAAAUAGACCUACCACUAGCAAUGCAUAGUAAAAGUAAAUGUGACACCCUUUCUAUUGCAUUGGGCACAUCACUGACAGUGGCCAUGGUCAUUGCUGCUGCCAUCUUUGGCUAUCGCAGACUGGGAGGUAAACUUUUCUGCUGUUCUUACUUGAUUUGCACACAUUUCUGUCUCAGGUUUGCUACAAAGAGUUUCCUCUGUUUGUUGGUUGCUGAGAGAGAGACUAGAUGAUGUACUGUAACCUCUAAAGGUGUAGAGAUGCUGUUGAGACCAGAAUAAUCAAUGAGAUGGUGUUUUUCUGACUCAUGAUCUUGUGACAAUGACUUAGCAUGUGAGAACAUGUGUGCACACAUUCUAAACCUAUCCGAACUGCUACGUGUGAAAACACCCCCACAGACACGCUUUCUCUUUUUGUGUCAGGGGGAUUUUAUGUCUUGUAAAGUCAUGUGGGUGGUUUCUCAAUAUAGGACUAGUCAUUCCUUAUAUUUAGAAUAGUUCCCUAUCAAUCUUUUGGUUAAAUCUUUACGGUAUUGCAUAGUAUUUUAAGACUGCGUGUUAUAAUGAGUUAGAAACAGGAAAGUCCCAAACUGCCUUUGACAGUAAAUACGAGACACUGACAAAUCCAGUUAUUACUUAGUAAGAUAACUGUAGUAGGUACAGCAAAAUAUCUCUUGCAACAUGGAAUGGAACAGAAUAUAAACUAUUGUAAACUAUGCCCUGCUUUAUCUUUCUGCUCACAGGGAGGCCCGGGGAUCCCAGCACCCCAAGCACUAACACCCUCCUGGCUCAGCAGAGAUGGGACCUGGACCCCUUUUAGUGUCUAGCAGCUUCAACUGGCCCUGGUGAUAAACUGUCGGAGGGUCACACAGAUGACCUGCUCCAGGAGGUCGUAGAGAAGGAUCUUGUCAGGACUGUGCUGGCGCUCCUCAUUGAGACUGUAAACUGUGUGCGAAGGACUGAGAGCACAAAAGGACUCAUGCACGCACGUACACUCACAUUGACUCUGUCAGAUAAAGUUGAAUCAUGUUACAUUUACUGAUACCUCAAGGGACAUGUUUUACGUUUCUAUGUUAACACAUUUCACAUUUGUUUUGAUAACAACAAACCACUGAUAAUUGUGCUUAUACCCAGUGGCGAUUUUAGCAUGCAAAUCUUGGUGGGGCAAAUGCCACAAUUUUUUAAAUGCAUGCCAGCAAAGCCACAACGAUACACAACACUAAACAAUACAUUAAUUGCACUAUAACGGUGACAAACGGUGCCCACAAACUGUUAAGGCCUACAUAAAGCUGUCCCGACAGCAGAGCUUUGCUUCUGCACCAUGGAGUGAAUCCUUACCACACCUGGCUAUCAGUGCAGCCUCUUCUAGCAGCGAAACAGUUCAUUCAGCCCCAUUUACUGACUUUUUAAAAACUUAGCUGAUAUGGCUGACUUUCUUAAACUCACCCCUUGUGGAUUUGCGUAAGUCGAUAAGAACCUCAUUGUCCUUUUAAUAGUAACAAACUCCAACAUGAGUGUUGAAUUUUGAACCAUACACAAACAUUAUGACAUCGAUGUUAAGUAAACUCAUAAUGUUUGUUCUUAUCAUUAACACUUCAUUCUAAGUGCAAGCAAACGAGCUGCGACGAGGUAAGCCUUUCAGUUCAGCACUUUCAAAAUGGACACCAACAGAAAUUCAGAUCUUGCGAGACAUGCAGUUAGCCUAGCAUUUGAAGUAUUUUAUUUGGCCUAUGUGGUCUAAAAAGGAAGGAAAAUACAAUCAUAGACAAUAUACCGACACACUGACAGCCCAAACAAAAUGACCCUUGCAAUAUAUACUGGAAAUAUACAUUAACUUUUUGUUGAAAACAAAUAUUUGAAUGGGAAGAGCCAGUCACUGGCAAACAGCGUUUACAGACCGAAAAACAUUAUAUAGUAUCCCCUCAUGAAGAAAAGCACAUGAGCUAAUUCAUGCAGAAGCAUACAUGAUGUUUUUGGAUUCACCAUUGAUUGUUGUGCUAUGCUCACUUGAACAGGAAGGUGGCACGGUGUUCCUUCUUGUGGGAAAAUGUUGUAAUCAAAGGUGCUUUCAAGACAACUGGCAACACUGACAAAAACAAGGUUGAAUCAUGACGUCAGUGAUCUUCAGGUCGGAACUCUAGUUCCCGGCUUGGAAUUCUGAGUUGGAUGACCGUUCAGAAUGUAUUUUCCCAAUCUGAGCAUGUUUUUUUCUAAGUUUCCACUUGUCUUGAACUCACUGAAGUCUGAGAUUUCCCAGUUCCGAGUUUCCAGUUGUUUUGAACAUAGCAGAAGUCAUGCUGGAUUGACAGCAUGGCCAAUGUAUUCAACCUUUUCUGGCCCAUGGUGUUGCGAGUGAAUGUUUAUCCUUUUAAGCUUGAAAAAGACACAAUUUCAGACAGAUGUUUUAAAUCCUUAAACCCAGACUUGGACCAUACACCCUGUCCACUGAAUAGCAGGCGAGGGAAGCAAAAUAGUGAUGCUUUGCAACGCUUGCAGUUAGCCACUGAAUCCUUCCCAACCACUCGUUGAAUUUGCGAUUUCCGACUUGUUGUAUAAUGUUUAUGUCCAAUGGCCGUUUAGCACCGAUACAUUAUAUCUAUAAUUUAUCUUCAUAUGAAAAGGAUUUGACCAUACAUUGUCGAAGUGAUUCGUGAUGAUAACUGCUUGUCUAACAACUAGCUAAGAUUUUGAACGUAGCAUCAGCUCAAUCAAAGCUAUAACAUGAUUUGACAUAAUUCUAUCUGUGGCCAAUGACCUUGAGCCUUCUUGGAUGGGCACUUCUAAUGUAAAUCUAUGGCAGCACUCAAGGGGGCUAGAACUGCCUAGCUCUCCCUGUAGAUUCUGCAGCGACGUAGUGUCCCCAUGAGUGACAGAACACUGAGCCAAUCACGGCGCAACUAGAGAACAUUGUCAAUGCCUACGCUCUGUAUUUUCCUCUGGCUGCCCCUCCACCACAGAAAGCACUGAGCUAGGCUGAAACACUUGCAUUUUGGAGCUGCCUUACUCAAGAAACAAACCAUGUUUGUAGGCUGCUUUAUUAACUCUAUGUGACAUGAAUGAAUGACAAUUCUUUUUUAAAUUGCUUAACAGGUGGGGCUCAAAACAGGUGGGGCUCUGCCCGCUCCUGCCCUGGUUGACGGGUCGCCACUGCUAAUACCACAUUUACUUGCUGUAAAUGCUGUACCUUUACUAUGUAUAAUACAGAGAUAAUUACAUGUUUAUGUAGAGAUGUCCCAUGUUGGGGGAUGAUAUUGAAAAACCAGUUCACCUCCAUGCUCACCAUGAAACUCCCGAAAGCAAAUGAGUGAUUUCAGCCACAGUUUUAGUAUUGCUCAUAUUAAUGCAGUUAUUUACAGUACCUCAAGGAUUUUAUGCUGUUUGAUCCUCAUUAUGAGUCUAACCAUUCGCUGACCACACAGUUUCAUUUUCAGUCCAAUGUACCAUUUCCUGUAAAACAAACUGUCUAAAGACAGCUGUGCUAAAGCAAGGAAAUGCUCUUGAUUUUUCCCACAAAAUAAAACAUUCAGUCAUCAAACAAA